AAGUCAUAAUGGAGAUAUUCGACAUUAUCAAAUUAAGAAAAACCACUUGGGACAAUAUUAUGUAGCAGAGAAAUACCUUUUUUCAUCUGUUCCUGAACUCAUUGAGUAUCAUCAACACAAUGCUGCAGGUCUUAUCACUCGUCUCCGACAUCCAGUUGGAUCAGCUGGAUGUUCUUCACCAGCAACAGCAGGAUUUAGUUAUGAGGACUGGGAGUUAAACCCAUCUGAACUGACGUUCAUGAAAGAACUUGGGCGUGGGCAGUUUGGAGUCGUUCAGCUGGGUAAAUGGAAAGCAACCAUCAAGGUUGCCAUCAAAACAAUUAAUGAAGGUGCAAUGUCUGAAGAUGAUUUCAUCGAGGAGGCCAAAGUGAUGAUGAAACUCUCCCACCCGAAGCUGGUCCAGCUUUAUGGAGUGUGCACACACCACAAGCCUCUCUACGUCGUGACUGAAUUCAUGGAAAAUGGCUGCCUGCUCAACUACCUUCGGCAAAGGCGAGGGAAACUCGGCAGAGACAUACUGCUGAGCAUGUGCCAGGAUGUGUGUGAAGGGAUGGAAUACCUGGAAAGAAAUGGCUUUAUUCACCGUGAUUUAGCUGCAAGAAACUGUUUAGUGAAUGCUGAGCACGUCGUUAAAGUAUCCGACUUUGGCAUGGCGAGGUAUGUCAUUGAUGACGAAUAUAUCAGCUCUUCAGGUGCCAAGUUUCCAGUCAAAUGGUCAUCUCCUGAAGUCUUUCAUUUCAAAAAAUAUAGCAGCAAAUCAGAUGUCUGGUCAUUUGGUGUACUGAUGUGGGAAGUUUUCACAGAAGGCAAAAUGCCUUUUGAAAGUAAGUCAAAUUCUGAAGUUGUCCGUGAGAUUUCUCAGGGUAACCGACUUUAUCGACCACAUUUGGCAUCACAUACUGUGUACAAAGUCAUGUACAGCUGUUGGCAUGAGAAACCUGAAGGACGUCCUACUUUUGCAGAGUUAAUAGAGACCCUCACAGAUAUAACAGAGAUGGGAUAA